AUAUCCAUCGAUCAAUGGUCAAUGAGGGCCAAUGGACACGAAUGAAUCAUAAUAUAGAUUUUUGUAUUUUUGUGUAUUUAUAAACUAGGCGUGAAGCGUUUUACCUACAACUUUUUUGUGACAAUCUGAAUCUACGAUGAGAAUAAUCACAACAGCUUUUUAUCUGCUUCUUAUAUCACAUGAAACAGUGACAGAGGAGCAGGUGCAGUAUGUUAUUGGAGAAAAAGGAGAGAAUGCCACACUGCAAUGCAACCAGCCCUCAGUAAAUGCCUCUGCACUUGUCUAUCGGUGGAAGAAGGAUGGAGCUGUGGCCAUCCAAAUGACCUCUGUGCCAUCGAACCAUUUUUCCAUUUUAAACAAUGGAAAUCUAAAGAUCAGUGGACUUAAGUAUAUAGAUGGAGGCACAUAUGAAUGUGAAUCCCAAACCGUGGGUGACAGAUCAUGGCAAACCUCUUCUAAAGUUCAGCUUCAAAUCGCAGAUGGUCCAACUAAUGUAGUAAUUGACAUAAAACCAGCAACCGCACUAAAGAAUGGAAAGUUAUAUGUCAAAAAAGGUUCCGAUGUCUUGUUUAAUUGCUCCAGUAAGUCUCAACCUGCACAGAACCUGACGUGGUUGUUUGAAGAUUCAGCAUCGAACGGGGCCGUUGACAAAGGCUUUGGGAAUGAAUCGUCCCUUACUUUUUCAAUAAGUAACAUUCAACCGGGCGACCAAGGGAUCUAUAGGUGUAUAGCUCAGAACACCCUCUCCAUGAGAACUGAGAAGAAGAACCAGGAACUUCUAGUUUACUAUGCUCCGGAGAGACACCCAGAAUGCAGCUGGGCGCCGGGAAACGGGCCCUCGGAUAUUGUGUUCAUAUGUUCCUGGUAUGGAGGUUACCCGGCGCCAACCCUGGAAUGGCAUGAGGUUUUGAAACCAUCUGUAAUAGCUAAGGGUCCCACAGUCAACUCAACAUCCCAGGAGACGGACCGUUUGGAGGUUAAUGUGAACAGGUUUAUUUUGGAGGAUAGUGAGGAGGUGAAGUGUGUGGGCAGUCAUGUGACCGGAGUUCAGAAUUCCUGUUCCUUCACACUCAAGAUACCAUACCCAUUAGGAGAUCCUAUGGUCACAGCUCUGGGGGGCACUAACGUCACACUCCGCUGUUAUGAGAUCAACUCUCUCCCACCAGCUAAAACCGUAUGGAAGAGAAAUAACACAGUCAUCAACAGCACGUCGAAAUACACCACGUCUGAAAAUAACCUCACAUACACACUCACCAUAAUCAACGUGACAAAAGACGAUGAGGGUAUCUUUACCUGCUAUAGUGAAAAUCCUCUUGGUGCAAGAGAGCUGGACGUGUAUCUCACUGUGAAAACCACAGCCGAUAGUGGAGGGGUCGUAGUUGGAAUCUUUGUCUCCGUUUUAAUAAUCAUGAUUGGAAUCGUUGUUGGCAUGACGGUAUAUUCAAAGCGUGACAGAAUUUGCAUUGGUUUAGGAUUUACUAGUUUAUCUGACGACAGAGGGGACGUUAUAAGUUUGGUGGACUCAGACGAAGAGGAAAUUUUCCAUGAUGUCGUUCCUCGAUUGCCGCAACUGACGAACAGACAUGCGACCACACUCGUAGAGAUUCACAGAAGACCGUCCAAUGAAGAUACUGCAGACAGUUCUGAAUUCACAGAUCAAACAGAAGGAGAACAAUAGACUGCAUCCUGUUAGGAAAUUCUCCUUAUUUCUCAACAUUAAGUACUGUGUUAAAUUAUUUUAUUUCUGUCUAAUAUUGUGCUUGUGUGAUAGUCCAGUUAUCUGUACAAAGUUUAAAUUGUUUUUAGAGAGGUCUUGUUUUUAUUUUCAGUAUUAGGUUUUGACCUAUCUCCUCAAAGUGAUAAUAAACCUUUCAGUUUCAUAUUUUGUUCAGUGAGUUGUUUUUGUUGGAUUGACUUGUUUCAAUAAUAAAGUAAAUGAAAAUC